AUGGACUUGGUGGAAAUAGCUCUCGCGCUUUUCAUCGUGGUGGUCGCGACGGUGUCGUUGCUGUCCAACUUGCUGGUGUUGCUAUGUUUUGCGCACAGCAGCGAGAUACGCAGGCAAGUACCGGGCAUCUUCACCACCAACCUGUCCUUCUGCAAUCUGCUCAUCACGGUGCUGAACAUGCCUUCCACGCUGAUCGGGAUCGUAAAGGACCAGCAGCCUUUCGGGGACUGCUUAUGCCGCGCGGUGAGCUUUUUGGAGACUUUCCUGACCGCCAACGCGAUGCUGAGCAUGGCAGCGCUGAGCAUUGAUCGCUGGAUCGCAGUGGUGUUUCCGCUGAGUUACUCGAGUAAGAUGCGCUGCAGGGAUGCCCUGCUGAUGGUGUGCUAUGCCUGGAUCCAUUCCCUGGCUUUCUCUGUGGUAGCACUGCUGCGCUCCUGGCUGGAUUACAGUCGCGCAUACGCAUCGUGCACCCUGCGCCUGAACAGUGAGAGCGCACGCUCCGACUACGCUGCGUUCACUGUAGCCUUCCAUGCUGCCAGCUUCAUGCUUUCACUGCUCGUACUGUGUGUUACCUACCUGAAAGUGCUGAAAGUAGCCAGGUUUCACUGCAAACGGAUCGACAUUAUAACCAUGCAGACGCUUUUCUUACUGGUCGACAUACAUCCAAGUGUUAAACAGCGCUGUUUGGCUGAGCAGAAGCGAAGGAAACAGCGUGCCACCAAGAAAAUUAGUAUUUUUAUCGGAUCCUUUAUAAUCUGUUUUGCUCCAUAUGUCAUAACCAGGCUGACAGAACUUCUUCCCUAUGUGGAUAUAAACCGAUACUGGGGCAUUAUCACCAAGUGCUUAACAUACAGCAAGGCAGCUUCAGACCCCUUUGCAUAUUCCCUUCUGCGCCAACAGUACAAGAAAGUUCUGGUAGCGGUAGCCAACCGCCUGUUGAAACGGGAUUUAUACCCUUCCUCUGGACACAACAGCUCUCUGGACACAGAAAAUGAUUACUGUCUCCAACGAAUCAGCUAG